AUGAAUUUACAAGAUGCAGAGGCUAGAGCAGAUUUGGACUCUGUUGCAGUGGUUGCUCGAGAGCUGGUUAAGAUAUUAGACGAUCUUAAAAAAAAUGCAAUUGAAGAUUCCUUUAUGCCCAAUAUGUGCAAAAAGGGGCAUUUGAAAUCCUUAAAAGAGGAACUUCAGCUUACGCCGAUAGAAAGGCCAAAGAGUGGAGUGCAGGGACUUCGGAUGAAAUUGAGUAAUGUGGUAGGACAACAACAUCAGGCAAUUGAUGUUGUAGUAGAGACACUAUUGAAUUCUAUUGAUAAGCCACAUAGACCUGCUAAGUCAUUCCUAUUCUCGGGUCUCACGGGAGCUGGUGAAGCAGAUCUAGUAGGCAGUCUUGCCAACCUUCUUGUCGCUGAUGGUGGGAUGAACCUGCUUAUUCGAAUUGACUUGCCUAAAUACACAGAAUCAGAUUCAUUUUUGCAGUUCUUAAAUGGACCGUUGGAACUUCCAUAUGGCCAUGAGCAAUGUGGUUUCUCACUCUUAGAGGCCAUCAGAAUGAGGCCACACAGCAUCCUUUUCUUUUCUCAGGUAGAAAAGGCUCCCAUGUCCGUUUUCAGUGCUCUACUUUGGAUCCUUGAUGGUCAUAAAUUAAAAUUCGAUGGAGGACAUACAGUAGACUUCAGAAACACUAUUGUUAUUUUUGCCACGGACCUGGGAAACAAGGCAAUUCUUUCGCGACUUGUUGGGCAUCCUGAUCAAGGUAGUGUUGGGGAUGGCGCUACCGAGCAGCAGGAGGAAAAAAGAGGGUUUAGGUUCGAGUUGGUGAAUCGUGUGAAUGAGAUUGUUUUUUUCAAUCCUUCAGCUCGUGAGCAACUGAAGGAAGUUGGCAGGUUGUCAAUGCAGGCUGGUCCUCAUCUGGAAGAUAGAUGCCCUCUUACAUUUCCGAUGGCAUUUAUGCAUUUGUUCAAAAUGGCUAAUGAUCGGAUCUAUGAAAAUACUCCGUCAACCAUCCAUCUAAUAGUACUGUAUAUAUUUUCAAAGUGGCUUAACAAUGAAUGUUCAGACCAUUUGAAACAAACAAUGGCUAUUAUACGCAGAAGCAGAGAAUAG